AGGUAUUCCGGUUAAAUUUUCAUAAUACUAUUUAUGAGUUAAUUUAUCAAUAAUUAUUAAUUAUAGUUAAUAGUUAUUACUAUAAUUGAUAUUCAUUAAUUUUUAACUUCCUCAUUAUUCGUUAUAUGUUAUUAGAGAAAUGUAAACGUGCAGUUAAGGUUAAAUAAAAAAUUUGAAAUUUAAAACUACGAAAUGACUUACGUUUGUAACUAGUGUCAAUCAAGUUUUGUAAAAAUGAAUACACUAACUAAAUAAUGUCUAUGAAAUAACUCAUAUUAUGCAAAAAACGAAUUCAAUCAAGGAAAGGUUUUUCCAUUCAUGUGAAACAGGAGAUUUGGAAGUAGUUAAAACAGCGCUAUUUCAUAGUGUACAACCAUUCAGCCAAGAUAAAUUUGGGAACACUGGUAUACAUUUGGCGUGCAUGAAAAACCAAUAUGAAGUGUUAAAUUACUUGUUGAAAACUGUAAAGACUUACAAAAAAGAUGUUGAAAAUAAGCUUGGUCGUACAGCUUUAAACAUUGCUGCUUCUCAAGGCGCGUAUGAAUGCAUUGACAUUUUAGUCACAAAUUUAUACUGUGAUUUCAAUUCCACUGACAAACAUUUCAAAAAUACACCAUUACACUGGUGUGUUAUUAGCAAGUGUAUCAGUGGUGUUAAGAGGCUAUUGGAUAUUGGCGCUGAUUAUACACUUACCAACAAAUUGGGAAAAACUCCUUUACAAUUAGCUGAAAAUACUUGUUUGGAUAUGUUUUACUAUAUAAAAGAAUUUAUUGAAAAGAAAAACAAACAUAACAAUAAAUCAGAAAUAGUUACACGUUCUACGCAAAAAAAUAUUGAUCCUUUGUUAUCAGCCAAAUCAUGUACUCCACAGUUUAAUACAAACGCAAAUCAAUCUUCAAAAUCAGAAACCAACUUUAUAAAAAAAACUAUCAAUGAUAAUACAAUGUAUAAUGACACAAUACCUGAGCUGAACAAUUCCAAUAAUCCGUGUUUCCUCAACAUUUCAAACAUAAAAAAUGGAGAUAAUUCAGUUUUAAAACAAUUGGAAAAAGCUAUUGAGCCCAUAGACGAAACUUCUUUUGUGUCUUCUAUUUUAAACAGUGGAAAAGUCAUUCAACUAACAGAAGCUGGUAUUCUUGCCCUAGAGUAUACAAAGAACGAAGUUAAUAUACCUAUUCCCAAACGCCUUGUAAAAUCUUUUUUAAAAUCAUCUUCUAAAAACAAUAGUCAUGAAAACAAUUUAGAAAACAAAAACUUUGAAAAUGAUGAUGAUUCAGUUACAAAUAUUAAAGGUCAAAAACGUUUAAAAAAUGAAGAAUCUACCAAUAAAAGAAUUAAACGCAAUGAACCAAUUAAUAAGCGAUUAAAAACCUUAUUAGACGUACUAAAUCAAGAUUUAAUUCGUGUUUCUAGUAAUAAAAAAAAUCAAAAGUCAGCUUCGACUGUAAAUACUAAAUCAGAUAGUAGAUACAAUGAAGCCGAUAGUAGUAACCAAUUAAUGUGUUUUGAUCCCGAUAUGAGUUCACGUCGUAAAUGGGUAGAAGAACUAACAUUGUUAUUGCAGAAAAAUGAAUGUAAGAAUAUUCCUGCAAAUGAACUGCUUUAAAUUUUGUAUUACUAUUGAGAGCAUAUCACAUGUUGUGGAUACUUCUUAUGUUUUUUGUCAAUGCCGGUCUCUACUAAGGUUAUAUGAUCAGUUUCUGUGAAUGUUUAGAAAUAAGUAAUAACUAAUAAUUCUGUUUCUAAUUAGACAUAUUGUGUGUAUUCAGCUGAGAUUUUAUAAAAUAAAAUAAUUAUUUAUAAGUAUUUAAUUAAUUAUAGACAAUAUAAAUAUUCAGUCCCAGGUCAUGUAAACUUAGACCAUACAUUUUUUUAACCUAUGAAUAUUUAAGAUUUAUAAAUUAGUUAUUUUACUAUUUAUAAAAAAAAAG